GUAAUUAUGUGGUAGUCAUCUCUGUAUGUAUGUAGUCACCAGCAGCACCCCCGAUUUUCCAAGCACACAGUCAAACCGCAGCAUUGCUCAUCCACUUCCCGUUGUGGUAGUUCCAUCGUCACUCCUGACGAUCUUACCGUGCACGAGUUGAAUCCGAAACCGGCAUUCACACGCGGCUGCACAGCCGCGACGCUAGGUCCCCCGAGCCACAACCACCGAGCCAGCACAGGCAGUGUGGCCUGCGGGUCGUGCGACGUCUGCACGUUGUGCGAGCCUCCCCCGCCCGCCGCGGUGGGCGUGGUGAGUGGCAAUGGAGCGAUCGGGGGAGGGAUCGCGGCGGACGGCAGGCGGGAAGAAAGCGGCGAGCAAAUCGAAGCUCGUCGUCAGCCGAGCCAGGCCAUCAGACACCACGCAGAUCAACGACGGCUGGCACAUCCCCGAGCCCUCUGAUUGGCUCUCCACCACUUCCUCCACCGCCACCUCUACUACCCUCACCACCCCAUCCGCACCCGCAUCCGCACCCCCCCCUCCUCAACCUCGGACCCUACCUGCUGCUGCUGCGUCCGCUACCACCCCUGCAGCGACUGCCGGUGGUGCUGCUGGUGCGAAUGCAGCUCGCUCCAGCGCGCAGAGCACUGCGCACAGUGGCAGAAAGCAGGCCGCCACGCGGACGAUUCUCACCCGGGCAACUCCUCCACAUGAGUCCAAGGCAGAUGGCGCCACUGCAGCAACUGCCGCUGCUGUUGGGGCUGCUGGUGCUGGCGGUGGAAAUCAGGGUGGAUUUGGGGGAGGCGGCAGGGCAGGCAGUGACGGGGGGUGGGAGCCGGAUUGGGAUGUCACUGACGGGGAUGGCUGGGGAACCAUUGGGGGAGGAGGGUGGGGAGGCAUGUGUGGUAGCGUGCGAGUGUGGAGCGGGGUGUGCAUAGUGGUGGUGCUGUUUGCGCUGAUUGUGGGCGGUUUUGAGCUCUACUCCACUGUGCUUGGCCCGGCUGGGUGGAAACCACCCGUUCCUCUGCUGCUGGGCAGCAGGGCUGCUGAUGGCGGUGGCAGUGACAGCAGCAGCAAGAGCAGUGGUGUGGCUGGUGGUGCUGGCGGGGGAGAUGCCAGUGCUGGUGGUGGUGGUGAGCCAGUGAAGCGAGACGAUGAGGUGGGAGGAGAAGCGAGUGGGGAGUAUGGUGGUGAGCAAGCGGAUGCAGUGACCCGUAUGGCUCACACUGAACCUCCACCUGCUGCUGCUGCUGCUGGUACUGCUGGUGCAGACCGUGCUGCUGCUCACCCUUCUGCUGCUGCUGCUGCUGCUGCUGCUGCUGCUAUUGCUGCUGAUGCGGCGAAUUUCUAUGCCGUUAAUCCACCCCCUACGGAUGCUGCUGCCACCAGUGCGGCUGGGUCGGCCUCAGCUGGCGGUGGAAGUGACAGUGACGGCAUGGCUGUUGAUCCGGCUAAGCAGCAGCAGCAGGAGCAGCAGAAAGAGCUGGAAGCGGGUAGCAAGGGAGCAGAAGUGGGAGGAGAGAAGCAGGGCAGUGAGCAGCAGGGAGCAGUAGAGGCGAGUGGUGGGGCUGGUUUGCACAGCGGAGGGGAGGGCGGGGAGGGCGAGAGCAGUGUUAGGCUCUCUAAUGUGAGGGAGGAGGGGGAUGGGGAACCGGAGAUUGAGGGCGAGGGGAAAGGAAGAGAGGGCAGAGAGGGUGGGGAAGGUGAGGGUGAAAGAGAGGUGGAGAGGGAGGCAGAUGAUAUCGACGAGGAGGAGAGGGAGCUCAACCAACUGCUGGGAACUGCUGUCGCUGGUAGUGAUGCUGGUGAUGCUUCUGCUGCCGCUGCUGGUACUGCUGGCGAUGAAGUUAACGAACAAGGGGAUACGGGAGAGCAAGACGGGAAGGGGGAGGCAUUGGUGGGCGGAGAUGGAGCUGGGUUGGACGAUGCAGGGGCGGAGGAGGCGGAAGAGAUGCUCAUGGCGCAACUGGGAGGAGGGGGGGAGGGCUCAGAAGGGAAAGACAAGGGAGUGAGGGAAAAAGGAAGCAGGGAGGGUGAGGAGCUGGGCGAGGAGGGAGAGGAGGAGCGGGAGGGGGGCUCGGGUGGUAUACGAUCGAGGGGGGAGGAGUCGCCUGGUGUGGAUGAGGAGGCGGGAGGGGAAGGGGGAGAGAGUGCGGGAGUGACUACUAGCGCAGGGAAAGCGGAGAAGAGGAAAGGGAUUAGGAAGGUGGAGGGGGAAGGGACCGAGGUGGCAGCAGGUGAUGCUGCUGCUGGUGAUGAGAGGGGGGCCGGUGCUUCUGAUGAUGCUGAUGCUGCUGACGCUGAUGAUGCUGAUGCUGAUGCUGACGCUGUUGCAGGUGGUGACGAUGUGUGGGUCACGAAGAAGAAACGAAAGGGAAGUGCUGCUGCUGCUGUGGCUGCUGGUGAUGGUCAUAACGAUGAUGCUGAUGCUGCUGAGGAAGGGAGGAAGGGCAAAGUCGAAUCGCAGGAGGGAGAGGAGGAAGGAGGUGGUGUGGAAGGAGUGGGGAUGGGUGAGGAGAAGAGACAAACAAGCAGUAAGAGUGGGAAGCGUGGGAAGAGUGGUAUGAGGUACGCCAAUAUCGAGGAGACUGCAGGUGAAACGGAUGGGGAGAGUGCAGACGGGGAGAGUGCGGAUGGGGCUGAUGAGGGUGAGGUGGAAGGUGUGGAGCGUGCAGCAGCGGUUGAAGCGAGCGGGGAAGUGGAGGGCCGGGAAGGAAGAGCGGAUGAGGAGAGGGCGGAGAGUGGAGUACGGGGUGAGGUAGGAGGAGGAAAGAGACGGAAGGAGGAUGGAACGGUUGCCCGGGCGGUCGAAGAGGGGGAGGAGGAUGGGGAGGAGGGAGGGGAGGAGGGAGGGGAGGCGGGAGGGGAGGGAGAGAAGGGAAAGGAAACUGUUGCGCCUGAGAGAAAUGGAGCAGGGAAGAAGGCAGCGAAGAAAGUGAUUGGUAAGAAGAAGAAAGAUAAGGGGAAAAGGAGCAGCAGUGGUGAGGGGGGUGUGGGGGGAGAGAAGGAAGGUGGUGAGGGUGGGGAAGAGGAUGUGGAGGGUUCGGGAGAGGAGAGCGAGAAAGAUGAGAAGGAGCUCAGUGAAAUGAUGGCGAGGAAGAAGGGGGAGAAGGAGAAGAAGUUGGGAAAGAAGGGGAAGAAGGUUGGGGACAAGGCUGAGAGUGAAAGAGCCGGGGAAAGUGAAGAGAAGAGGGGGAGUGGAGAAGAGGGGGAUGCGGAAGUGGAGAGGGAGGGAGGUGGGAGUGAGGGACGGGAUGAUACUGCUGAAGAGGGGGUGGAGGCAGCAGACGGGGAGGUGCAGAGGGCGAAGGAAGGGGAGAAAAAGAGUGUGAUAGGAGAGGGGAAGAAAAAGACGAAGAAGAGAGCGACAGCGGCAGAAGGAAAGAAGGGAAAGGCAAAGCCAGGGAUGGGCGUGGAUGGGAGGAGUGAAGAAGAAGGGAGUGGAGAUGGAGAGGAGGGUAAGGACGGGGAGGCUGGAAAGAGUAGAGAGGGGGAGGGGAAGAGUGGAGAGGAGGGAGACGAUGGAGAAAAGGGGGUGGAUGGGGAGGAGAAGGGAAAUGAGGAGGAGGAUAGGAGAGUGAUAGAGCCAGGCGUGGUGAUAAGCCAUAUUCCUGUGAGCAAGACGCCGGUGAUUGUGGCCGAUGCAGAGGAGACUGCUGGCGCUGACCCCGUGGACGAGGAGGAAGAAGAAGAGGCGGAGGAGGAGGAGGGGGAGGGGGAGGAGGGAGGAGAGGAAGUGGGGAAGGGAGCCAAGCGAGAAUCAGGUGGGGGGCAGGGUGGAGUGAAGAAGAGGGUGAAGUCAAGAGGCUCUGGCGGUGAUGUGGCAGAGGGGGGAGGGGGAGAGGGAGAGGGAGAAGGGGAGAGAGGAGAGAUGGAUGAUAUUAAAGUGAAGGCAAGGAGAAAGGAGGAUAAGGGAAAGGUGAAGAAGGUGGUUGAGGGGGUUAAGGACGGUGCUGAGGGUGAGGGUGAGGGUGAGAGUGAGAAGAGGCAUGUGAAGAAGCGAAAGGCUGAUGAUGUGAGUGAUGACGGGGAUGGGAGCGAGGGGGGCGGAGAGGCAGGGGAGGAGGAGGUGGAGGCAGGGGAGCAAGUGGAGGAGGAAGUUGCACCUGGGUCAGGGAGGAAGGCAAAGAAGUUGCCUGGCACAAGCAAGGGAAAGAGCGUAGGGCGGAUCGAAGGCAAGGAAGACACAUUAACUGGUGGGGAGCUGGCUGGUGUGAGUGAGAACGAGAAGGGAAAGGUGGGUAAGGCAGAUGAGAACAAGGCUGCAGGUUAUGGGAAGGGGCCACCUGAGAGUGAGACGGAGGAGAGUGAGACAGCGGAGAGUGAGGUUGAGAAGGCGGUAAAAGAGAAGGUGGGGAAGAAGGGAGCGAGGGGUGAAGGGAAUGUGAGGGAAGCAACAGAAGGAGAGGGUGAAGGGAAGGAAGGCGAGGAGGACGAAAUGGAGAGCAGAGGGGAUGCAAGGAGGCCCGUGGCGGAUGCUGAAAGGGGAGAGAAGGCGAAACAGGGUGAUUCGGAAGAUGUUGGGCGGGAUGAGGAGGAGCGAGGAGAGGAGGACGAUAAGGAGGGCGAUAAGGAGGGCGAUAAGGGGGGUGAUAAAGGGGGUGAUAAGGGGGGUGAGGAAAGUAAUUGGAAGAGCAAUAAGGGGAGUGAGACGAAGAGCGCUAGGGAGAACGACGAGGAGAGUGAUGGGCCAAGUGAAGUGGAAGGUGAAGGAGGGUUGAAGCAGACCAAGGCAGUGAAGGAAAAGAAGGGCAGCGCGAGCAAAGCAGGUCGUGUAGGCAGCGGUGAGGAGGAGCGGGGGGAUGACGCGGUGGGAGGGCAGAAGGAGGGACAGGGGCGGGGGCAUGACAGGGAUGGGGAUGGUAAUGAUGCUGGUGCUGGUGCUGGUGCUGGUGGGGAGGGUAUUCGUUCCCCUGCUGGAGAUGAAGGGCAGAAAGAGAGGGUGGAUGGUGAGGAGGAGGAGGGCUCGGCGGCUAGUGGGUCCGGGAAGGAUGAUGGGGGGGAUGACGUGGAGGAAAGGCGGAAGAGGCGGGGCAAGCUGAAGACUGAGGAGGAGAAGAAGAAGGGACAGGUGAAGAGGAAGGAUGGGAAAAGGUUAGACAAGAAAGGCAAGGGGGAGGCGGAGGCGGAGGAGGGGCAGGUGGAGAAGGAAACUGUGGACGCAGACGAGGCAGAGGAGGUGGAGGAGGAAGAGGAGAAGGAGGGAAAGACGAGCAAGGGCAAGAGCGCGUCUUCUUCCUCGGCUGGCAAGGGCACAACGGAGGCUGCUACUGGCAGUGAGGCGAAGGGAUCAGCGACUAGCCUGGUUGCCAGUGAUGCUGCUGGUAACGGUACGGCUGUUAACAAUACGGUUGGCAGUGGUACAAUCGGCAACAGUACGGCUGUGAACGGUACAAUAGGCAGGAGGAGUGGGCCGGAAGUAAUAGAGAGGGAGUGGGAGGAUGUGUCAGCAGAGGCAGGGGGCAGCCGGACAGCCACAGCGGCAGCAACAACAGAGGCUGUAGGGGGGGGAGUGACGGCAACGCUGGCAGCGGAAGGGAGGGUGGUGCAGGAUGGGGAGGAUCUCAUGGCUGUGCCUGAUACGGUGGGGACGGCGGAUGUAGCCCCAAAGGCGAAUGCUAAGACUCGUGUGGGUGGGAGGAGUGGAGUGGGUGGGAAGAGAGAUUUGAAUGUGGGUGGUGCUGCUGCUGGAGGUGAGGUGAGCCGUGGGGAGGGAGUGCGGAAGGCAGCGGCGUUGCGAAAGAAGGUGGGCGAUGCAGGAGAAGCAUCAGAAGCAGGGGAAGCAGCAGCGGGAAAAUAUGGGAAAGCAUUGGUUUCGUCCGCACUGACAGGUGUGGCUGAGACGGGUGGCGGGGAAAGUGGGGGCUCAGAGAAGGGGGAAGAUGCGGCUGAGAAAGACAGGGAGGCUGCAGCGGAGGUGAGGAGAGGGGGAGAGGACGUGGUUGGGGAGAAGGAGGCUAGUGGGAAGGAGGAGGGUGGGGAUGAGGAGGCGGCGGCGGCGGCGGCGGAAGUGAGGAAGACAGGAAAGAGAAAGAGCAAGUCAAAGGCGGUAAAAGCAGUGAAGGCAGGGAAGGCAGGGAAGGAGGAGGGGGAGGAGGGGAGUGUUGCCCAGUCAAACGAGCAGGUGGCAGAAGUAAGUGGGAGAGGGUCAGAUGAGGUAGAAGGGGAUGCGACAGAAGCUGCUGAUACAGUUGCCGAUGGGAACAGGGGAGAGAGCCCUGAGAAAAAGAAGCCGAAGAAAAAGAAGAGGGCGAAAGAAGCGAAGAAGAAGCUGAACGUGGCAGGGAGCAGGAACGAUUCGAGUGCCAAGGCUGCUGCUGCUGCUGCGUCUGCAGACUGACGGAGCAAGAGGGAAUGCAGCAUGAACACAGCAGAGGUGUCUGCAUGUUUCCGAGGACCAGACACGAGGGGAGCAGAGCUGACUGUUGAAGGGCACAGCAGCAAGUCCCAGCAGGCUAGGAUUGGGAUUGGGCGCCUGGGAAAGGAGUGGCAAUGGGAGGCUGGGGCUCAGACAGUGGACAGACCGGCAUGGGUGAGGGUGCUGCUGAGAUGGCUAGAGAAACAAGGAAUGUUCAGAGAGAGAGGCCAAGAGAAGGAUUAUCUAGUUGGUUGUAGUACGGUAUGAAUGAGUUAUUUUAUGUGCGGCAUACUCAUCUGCAUUUCAAACAUGGGAUGAUGUGAAUGGUAUGGUAUGGAUCGUAACUUCAGCAGUGCAGUAAUGUUUUCUUUACAAAGCCUGUCAGAG